AUGUCCACAGGAAGCUGCCUUUGGAACAAGGUUUCUUCUCAUGCCAGGCUUCUGACUUGCUCUAGAAUUGCUUUGAAAGGCAAGAUACCUUGUUUUCUUUGGUCCAUGGAAUUCCCAUUUUUUCAUGGAAAGAUAACAAGAAAAACCUGUGAAGAGCUGCUGAGCAAGAAGAAAAAGAAUGGCAGCUAUUUAAUACGGGAGAGUGAGAGUGUGGAAGGAGCCUUGUGUCUCUGUGUUUUCUUUGAGGACCUCAUCUACACUUACCGUAUCUUCAGAGAACACCAAGGAUAUUUUAGAAUACAGACUUCUAAAAGUGUUCCAGACAGGAACUUCAAAACAUUAAAGGACUUAAUAUACACUUUUGAAAAGCCAAAUCAAGCACUGAUAAUAAACCUCUGCUACCCAGUGAAGAAACCAAAGGCCUUGCGAAGAAGCCAGAGGUUCAAGUCAGGAAUGGACAACAUUUAUGAUGAAGUUGAACACAGCGGUGAUUAUGUUGAUGUGUUACCCUGAAAGAUCUGCACCUCAUGGUUUGGGAAGCUGCCAUUCCAGGAUGUGCCCCGGCACAGUGCCCCAGGUGGGGAGAGCUUCCAGCUGGGUGUCCUCUGCUCUAGAUCUGGAAUUACCCUCCUCGUUUUGCAGACUGUCAGAGAAGCUCUAUCUUCAACCAGUAGAUCUAGUGUAAGCUUGUAAGCUAUUAUGCAUGUUCACUCAGCAAUAAAAGAAGUACAUUUCGUUAGACACAAACACACACAUAAAGGUACGGGGGAAGGUGUCCAUGGAUGUGUCUUCUGGGUGGUUUUUAGCCAGCAAAUUGUCUAAGAUGUUGACUGCUAGAGUGAACAUCUUCUAACAGAAUUCUGUUAGAAGGCAGCAAUAUAAAUACAUUAAAUGAAUAGGUAUAAAGAAGUAAUUUAUGGCAGAAUUGAUAGGUGUUGAUAAAAACCAUAUAUGACAAAAUGAUUAGCAUUUUAAGAUGCUUUAAAACCCCCAAACUCUGUUAUUUUGCACAUGAUUCAUGUUACCUCAUUGUUGGAGGAAUGAAUAGUAUUUCAGCAAUCUCAAGGAAUACUAGUAGUCUUUCAUUUGAAUAAUGCAAAUUAAAACAAAAAUGCUGUGUUAAAUCCAUGCCAUAAAAAAUAACCAACCAGAGGAAAACGGUUUGAAAUACUUUUAAGGUUGAGGAACGGCUCUGGCAGAUUACAAGAGGACUACAAGUUCUACAUAAAUGUCAGCAUGAACACAUCCUUCUUUUAAUAGGUUCUUUACAUAUGGGAAUGCUUACUCCAUUUCAUUUUCUACUGCCAUUAGUUCUGUAUUAUGUAUAUGUCUUUUGCUGUUUUCAGUUUUUUUAAUGCAAGAAUUUGCUUUAAUAUUAAC